AUGGUUGCCAAGGCCACUUAUGACUCAGCCCGCACGAGGAGACAGAGUAACUUGGCGGGCUGGAAAAGCCCAAGUACGGUCUUUGACGCAAUAUUAUCCACGUUAUUCUGUGCGGAACUGCCCCCCAGGCGCAAAGAUUCCGGCAAAGAACCAAGGCACCACAAGAUCAAGUUCCGUCGAAAGCAUUCGCCUAAGGAAGAAAAGGGAUGCCAAGCUGGCGACAAUCAGCCCGCUAACGGGGUAACUCAUCAGGAGAGAGGCACACUGCGCUGUAAAGAAAAGCCGUGUCUAAGAGAGGGCAAUGACCUUGCAAUUCGAAGCAGAGAGCAUUGUCGUGAGCGCUCUACAGCUAAGAAGCCUGAAGUCGCCACAUCCGGGAAUGAAAAUGGUAAGAAGACCCAAGGGCAUGGUGAUGGCUACUCUUCUUUGGACGGUCACAAAGACAAACAGUCACUGGACAAGGAGAGCGAGAAGUCGCGUGACAAGCUUUCCUUAGCCAAGGGCAAAGGCAACGGCAUAGGCAGGAGUAAGGGCAAGGACAAGAACAACAACCUGGGCAAGGACAACAACAGGGACAAGUCAUUUCUGAGCACCAAGCAAGAGCCUCGCGAGCACUGCAAACACCAGGAGGAGUCAAAGCCAGAGUCCACCACUGGCGACGACCCUGACUCCCUCAAAGGGUCUCACAACCCGAUGCCAGGCGCUCCAACAUCAGAUACCAAGUGGAAGAUAGAAAGGGUGAAGGACGGCUUCCACGCCCAGGCCCCGGGUCGCACUGGUCGCUAUCGAGAACUGAGAGACACUGAAUGGUUUCGGGUCCCAAAGCCGCCCGACGAGGCAUCCAGCUGGAAGUACAAGAAGUUGGCGAGCGGGUGGCUUGCUGGGAGCCCGGGUCGUACUGAUCGCGUACGGAACUUUGGAGAUGACACCUGGUCCCGUGCUGCUCAAUGCGGAGAGUCACAAGCUUGA